AAUACAGUAUCAUAUUAGUUGGAGAUAGCGGAAGGUAAAAUGGAUCUUAAUAUCAUAUUGUUUGCGCUAUUCAUAAAACUGAUUACUGCAAGUGAUGAUGGACACAUCGGUACCCACAUAAUUAACAUAAACAGCUGCUGCUCGGACCAAAAGUCCGAUGUAAAGUGUAACGUAGACAAAGAAAGACUGUUCAGUAACAUCUCGGAAAUUCUAAACGGACAUCAGCAGGAACUAAAAGAAAUUUUUCGAGCGUUGAAUACUGAAUCAAAACCUCGAGACUGUCAAGACAUACAACGUUUAGGAAAUGAAAUCACGGGUACACGAUAUACCCCGAAGGAACCAUGGGAUUUCCAGUGAGAUGUGACAUGGAUACGGCCGGAGGAGGAUGGACUGUUUUACAGAGACGAAUAUCUAAUAGCGACUUUUUUAAAUACUGGCAUGAUUAUCAGACAAGGUUUGGAAAUCUUAGCGGGAACUUUUGGUUAGGAAACCAGCAGAUACAUAAAAUAACCGAACAAGGGUGGUAUGAGUUGCGGGUUGAUCUUGAAAGCAUGGACGGUAUUGUUGCAUAUGCGGCGUAUAAUGUUUUCUCGGUCGGUGAUGUCAACUCGGGAUACAAACUCACUGUUGACGGUUACAACGGAAACGCAGGCGACAGUCUGGCGCAUCAUAACAAUCGCAAAUUUUCUACAAGGGACAGGGAUAACGAUAAUCACAGUAGUAACUGUGCACAGCAUUAUACUGGGGCUUGGUGGUAUGGUGGCUGUCAUGAUUCCAAUUUAAAUGGCAAGUAUGGCGCUACAGGUGGUAAGGGUCCAGUUUGGGAAACAUUUAAAGGUAACGAUGGUCCAUUGAGACUAACGGAUAUGAAAAUUCGACGUUGGCUACCGGCAAACAGCGAGCUUUUUGUUACUGUAUGAUAAACGCGCAAUUGCCAGAAACACAACUUAUAAAACAUAUAUAAAUUAGUUAGAAGGAAAAUAAAUGAAAAUGUCAAACCUGCCAAAACUAAUGCUUUUAUUAAAUGACUAAAGUGUUCAGUGUGCUUGUUAUUACUAACGAUUGUUUUAUAAGUUUAGUUUAGUACAGGCACGGUUUCUACAUACUACAUAAUAGCCGAGGACAACAAUUCAAUGGAUGUAAUUAGAUUCAGUGAAUUUGGCGUAUAUGGUUUGUGUCAGUAGACUAAUGUGCACUUUUUUUCGUACGCAACUAAACAAGAGACACUUCAGACUAUCAAUUAUAGCAGAUUGUUUUUCUAUGACUUAUUAUUUAGAAUAAAUGAUAAAUUCCAAUAUUACUGUAUAUAUUUAGUUUUCGUUUUUCGUCAAUAUUAAAAUAGCAAAAAUA